GUAUUUUAUACUCACGCUGCCCAGGACUCCUGACUUUCUCUAAAAACGCAUCACUGUGUGACCUCUGUGGCAUUUGGGAGCAUCCACUCGGCCAGGCUGAAGGUUUCCAGUGCACAUCCAUACCAUCCAUGGACCUGCGGUACUCCCUACAGCCUCGGAGGGCUGCCGGACAGCUACUCCCUGGCACUGAGCUGGAAUUUGUACUCGUAGGUUCGUGAAGAACAAUCAGGAGAAGCCUCUUCCAAAGCAGUGGGGCAGCUGCUGCAAAUUCAACUCCUCUAACUCCCAGCUGUGCGGAGGAAUCCAAACAUGACCACCGAAACGACCACCGAGCCCCCAAAAUGUUGCUUCUUCAACAUCAAGACGGCAACAGUCGCUCUAGGGAUCUUCCACAUGGUUAUGAGCAUUUUGCUGCUGAUCGAGUAUUCCCUGGAGGUGGCAAGCGGGAAAGGCUUUUGCAAAGACCUGGACAAGGAUUACUACAGAGUUGCCGAUGUCAUCACCAGUUUCCUGUUGAUCAUCAUGCUUUUCAUCAUCAGCUUCAACCUGCUCCUUGGUGUGGUGAAGAACAGGGAACGUCUCCUGAUCCCCUUCCUUGCUCUACAAAUCAUGGACUUUCUACUAAGCCUCCUAACGAUGUUCAGUUCCUACAUACAAGUCCCAGCCAUCAUUUCUGUGUCAUCCCUUAGCCACAUGCAGGGACGCUCAAAGAUCCCAUUCCUGGCUCUGCAGCUUCUGGACUUCUGCCUGAGUAUUCUCACCCUCUGCAGCUCCUACAUGGAGGUCCCCACCUAUCUCAGCCUCAAGUCUUCAGACAACGGGGGCUUUUUGCCAACCCUGGAGAAGUUGCCAACAGAGGAAUAUGCCAAAGUGAUGGUCACCUUCACCAUUGCAUUCAUUGCUGUCCUCUUCUUGAAGGCCUAUAUGUUCAAAUGUGUCCUGAGCUGCUUUAAGUAUAUUAAAGCCAGCAAGAGAGGCAGUGUGAAAGUUGACCCACAAGCAGCUGAAAAGGCUGUGCUGCCAUCGUAUGAGGAAGCCUUAGAGCUGCCCUCCAAAGAAUGCCCACCGCCCUACGUCGCAAUCUAAGCUCCACUCCUGGAGAGAAGACAUCUGUACUGCUGUUGGUGCCUCUUACCCCUUCUGACAGAUACUCAGCCUCACUGAGAAGUCCUUACUUAUAGCAUAUCAUGCUUAUUACACUCCAGCUCACUUUAAGAGCCUAUGAAGAGUGACGGUGAACCACUGGUGCUGGUGCCUCAUUCUACACUGGCAGUUUUGAGCUGGUAUUACUGAGUUGCAGUGCUAAUUGUAAUAAAUUUGGCACCAGGCAUCAGAGGUUCCCAUCACUGGGCUCUGACGUCUGCCUACUGUGGAAAUCGAGGCAUUGGCCUGGAUCCCUUGUCAGGCAGGAUGCUGCUUCUCAUCUGUCUUACAUCUCUAACCCAGCAGAUGAGGCAUUUAGGAAGUGGAAUGUGGGGAAAAAACAAGCAAUAACCUGUUUUCUGAGAUAGCCCAACCCUGAGGUAUGCUAUGCUAACUAGCAUCUUUUAAUGAGGACCUAAGGGAAAGUGAUCAGCAAAAUAAAUAAAAAAAAAGUUCUCAAAUGAACAGCAAUGCAGCUUUCAUUCUGUCUGCUUACAAUAAUGAUUAAUGUGUACUUCAGAAUAUAGAACAUGCUGGAAUUGUGACAGUAUUGCUCUGCCAUUUUAUAUCUGAGUGUUUGCUUUUUUUUUUUUUUUUUUUUUCUUUUAGUGUGAAUUGAAAGAUAAGUUUCAAUAAAAUAAUGAAAAACUGUUAACAGCUUCAA